AUGAGCGACGAUUUUGACCCAACCACGGUCAUUAUUGAAGCAGAAACCAUUCAUCAUCUACCCCUCAGAACCAGCGAUCUUCCUUCUCCUGUAGAAAUAAAACCUCCUCCACUGAUGGUGCCGCCACAUCAUCCACAAGUGCAGGUUCCAUCACAUCAUCAUCAUAUCAUCCAUAAUAACAUCUCAUCAUGCUCAGAGCAUUCAAAUGCUGCUGAUUGUACAGCAAGUCAAUUAACCUUUUCUCAGGAUACACAUUUAUUGAGCAAGCAAAAGCAUUCGUUACCAGAGUGUGAACAAUUUACCAGAUCCUCCAUUCCCUUCAAUUCUUCCACACGUUCAUCCAGAAUAGACCCAACAAUUCAUGCUCGUAGCUCCGUUCGACAUGAAGUUCCCAUUGCUUUGAAUUAUUGCCAACAAAAACAGCGAUCAACCACCAAUGUACGUGGUUCUUCCCUUAACAACUCUCCAACCCAAACAAACUCUCAAACCCUCUCGCCUCUAAUUGCUACACCAUCACCAAUGUUUUUGAAUCCGUUCCAAGUAUUCGACAAAAUGAAACAAGAAGGUAUAAGGAAAUCAAAGUUAGCCUUCGACCAAAUAAUUAUACUUUCGUUAUUUGCUGGGUGCUUUACUGGAAUUGGUGGAGCUUUAUCCUUGCUGACAGCUGGCAACAGUCCAACCUUGGAAACUGAAAAUCCUGGACUUCAAAAAUUUUUCUUUGGAGCAGUCUUCCCAAUUGGAAUGAUUUUUACAAUUUUGUUUGGAGCAGAAUUAUUUUCAACAAACUCCCUCACUGUUUUUAUUGGACUUCUCUCUCGAAAAUGGAAGAGCAAGAAAUUUAUUUUGCAAUAUUUACAAUUUUCCAAGAACUUGUGCCUGUCCUACAUUUUUAACAUGGUAGGAGCUUUCAUGGUUGCGUAUUUCUUUCUUUAUUUGACACAACCUUGUUGCGACGUCCCAUGGAUCACAUUUGCUAAAAAGGUGGCCCUCUCAAAAGUUUCCAAGUCUUUUGGACAACUUGUGUUGCUGGGAGUUAUUUGCAACAUGAUGCUCACAUUAGCAAUCUACAUUUCGUUUGCAGCCACUACAGUAGAAGGAAAAAUUAUUGGAAUUUGGUUUCCUGUCAUGGGCUUUGUUGCCAGUGGAUUUGAGCAUUGUGUGGCCAAUGCAUUCUUCAUUCCUCUUGGAAUGUUGUUUGGUGAAGACAUCUCUGUACAGGCUUUUCUUAUUCAAAAUUUAUUACCCACAACCAUUGGAAACAUCAUUGGUGGGUCGUUCAUUGUUGGAUUACUUCUGUACUAUGUGCAUGAUUUGAGACAUCGUAAUAGGAGAUUUCUUUUCAACACCUUCGAGAGAAUUUGGCGUUACCUUAAACAACGACACUUCAAUCAUUCGUUGACACGCAGCAGUAGCACAACCCCUCUUUCAAGCACAACGGUAGGAACCAGCCAUUUAGGUUUCAGUGACUCUUCAAAGAGAACAGAUAGCCCUUCCACCCAACAACAUUCUUCCUUAGAAUUGCCUGACGAGGUUGAGAUGGUCGAUGUUGUUGGGAGUAAUAACGUGUAA